GCGCGGAGCAGCUGUGCAGCCUCGGUAUCGCUCACCAUCAGACAACGGGAGUCACCGGCGGCGGACGCACACACACACACGCGCGCUCCGUUUUUUUUUCCUCCGCACACACACACGCACACACACGCACGCAGAACACCGACACCCAGACGGCUGCAGGGGCGUCGUGACGGCGAGGCGACAUGGGGGACCGAGUGGCUGUUCUGCUGCUGGCCGUGGCGGCCACGGCGCUGUCUGUCGAGGUGCCGACAGAUGUUUCCAUGGGUCUGCUGGCGGAGCCCCAGGUGGCCAUGUUCUGCGGUAAACUCAACAUGCACAUCAACGUGCAGAGCGGCAAGUGGGAGCCGGACCCGUCGGGCACCAAGAGCUGCAUCGGCACCAAGGAGGGCAUCCUGCAGUACUGCCAGGAGGUGUACCCGGAGCUGCAGAUCACCAACGUGGUGGAGGCCAACCAGCCAAUCAGCAUCCAGAACUGGUGCAAGAAGGGCCGCAAGCAGUGCCGCAGCCACAUGCACAUCGUGGUGCCGUACCGCUGCCUGGUGGGAGAGUUCGUGAGCGACGCCCUGCUGGUGCCCGACAAGUGCAAGUUCCUCCACCAGGAGCGCAUGGACCAGUGCGAGAGCCACCUGCACUGGCACACCGUGGCCAAGGAGUCCUGCGGCGAUCGCACCAUGAACCUCCACGACUACGGCAUGCUGCUGCCGUGCGGCAUCGACCGCUUCCGCGGCGUGGAGUUCGUGUGCUGCCCCGCCGAGGCGGAGCGCGACGCCGACAGCGCCGAGCAGGACGCCGACGACUCCGACGUGUGGUGGGGGGGCGCGGAGGCCGACUACUCCGACAACAGCAUGGUGCGGGAGCCGGAGCCAGCGGAGCAGCAAGAGGAAGCCAAACCAUCUGUGAUCCAGGAGGAGGAGGAGGAGGAGGAGGCGGUGGCGGAGGAGGAUGACGAGGAGGAAGAAGAGGACGACGUGCUGGACAACGACCAGGACGGCGACGGCGAGGAGGACGAGGAGGUCGCCGGGGAGGAGGAGGAGGAAGAGGAGGACGAGGACGACGACGACAUCAUCGACGCGCUGGACGACGGCGACGACGAGCCCGCCACCAGCGUCGCCAUGACGACCACCACCACCACCACCACCGAGUCGGUGGAGGAAGUCGUUCGGGACGUGUGCUGGGCCAGUGCGGAGACCGGUCCGUGCCGGGCCAUGCUGCCCCGCUGGUACUUUGACCGCGCCGACGGCCGCUGCGCCCGGUUUAUCUACGGCGGCUGCGGAGGCAACAGGAAUAACUUUGAGUCAGAGGAGUACUGCAUGUCGGUCUGCAGCAGCGUCAUCCCCACGGCCACGCCCAGCUCCCCCGACGCCGUGGACCACUACCUGGAGACGCCGGCCGACGAGAACGAGCACGCCUACUUCCAGAAGGCCAAGGAGAGCCUGGAGGCCAAGCACCGCGACCGGAUGUCCCAGGUGAUGAGGGAGUGGGAGGAGGCCGAGCGAGAAGCCAAAACUCUUCCACGUGCCGACAAGAAGGCCGUCAUCCAGCGUUUCCAGGAGAAGGUGGAGGCUCUGGAGCAGGAGGCGGCCAGCGAGCGCCAGCAGCUGGUGGAGACGCACAUGGCCCGGGUGGAGGCGCUGCUCAACGACCGGCGCCGCCUGGCUCUGGAGAGCUACCUGACGGCGCUGCAGCAGGACCCGCCCCGGCCGCGUCACGUCUUCAGCCUCCUGAAGAAGUACGUCCGCGCCGAGCAGAAGGACCGGCAGCACACCCUCAAGCACUUCGAGCACGUCCGCAUGGUGGACCCCAAGAAGGCGGCGCAGAUCAGACCCCAGGUACCGGCGGGGAGGGGGAGGGGUAGGGGGAGGGGGAGGGGCCUCGCCUCGCCUCGCCUCCAGAGCUCUGACCCGGUCCGGUCUGCUCCGCAGGUCCUGACCCACCUGCGCGUCAUCGAGGAGCGCAUGAACCAGUCUCUGGGCCUGCUCUACAAGGUGCCCGGCGUGGCCGACGACAUCCAGGACCAAGUCGAGCUCCUGCAGAGGGAGCAGGCCGAGAUGGCCCAGCAGCUGGCCAACCUGCAGACGGACGUGCGGGUGAGCUACGGGAACGACGCCCUGAUGCCCGACCAGGAGCUGGGAGACGGCCAGAGCGACCUGCUGCCCCCGGAGGACGGCCUGGGCCUGGGGGGCGUCGACUUCAUCCACCCCGAGAGCUUCAACCAGCCCAACACCGAGAACCAGGUGGAGCUGGUGGACUCUCGCCCCAGCCUUGACAGAGGAAUUCCCACACGGCCAGUGACCGGGAUGAAGAUGGACGCCGUCCCCGAGCUGCGGAUGGAGACGGAGGACAGACAGAGCGCCGAGUACGAAGUCCACCACCAGAAACUGGUCUUCUUCGCCGAGGACGUGGGCUCCAACAAGGGCGCCAUCAUCGGGCUGAUGGUGGGAGGCGUCGUCAUAGCAACCGUGAUCGUUAUCACCCUGGUGAUGCUGAGGAAGAAGCAGUACACCUCCAUCCACCACGGAGUGAUCGAGGUGGACGCCGCCGUCACCCCCGAGGAGCGCCACCUCUCCAAGAUGCAGCAGAACGGCUACGAGAACCCCACCUACAAGUUCUUUGAGCAGAUGCAGAACUGAGGAGAUUGCCUCUCUCUCUCUCUGUCUCUCUCUCUCUCUCUCUUACACACACACACACACACACACACACUCAAACAUCUCGCCCCUCCCCCCUCCCCCUCCCUUGACCCAGCUGUAGCCAGGGGUUUCUUUCUUUUCCUCGCCUGGGCCGAGCCGGUUUGCACCACGUUCGUUCACUUUACCGGAGCACGGCGUCUUAUCGAUUGAUUAGUUCUUUUAUUUUGAAGUCGUCGCUCCGUCUGGGCCUGCUGACGUAUGACAGAAAGGAGAAAAAAUAAAAAGAAGAAGAAGAAAGGAGGCCCGCCCAGCGCGUUGGCUCCUUCUUUUCUGUGUUUUCUGGGGAAGAAGCAGGUUCUCUCCACACUGAGUCAGGGCCAGUGUUUUGGUGGCUUUCUAUUUAUUUCCCCCGGUCGUCUUCAGGUGUGUGCAGGCCGACCGGACCGCUGACGGGCGCAUGUUUGACCCCGGGCCUCAUUUACUAAAACCGGUUGCAUGCCGAAUCCACCGCAUCCCCAUUCGUUUCCGUUCUAGACUGAAAAAAAAAUAGGCAACGUGAAUUCUUCUGAAUGAGGCCCAGCGUUUCCCCGCCUGCUGCACCACUGCUGCACAGUCAGUCCACACUGGAGCCCCCCCCCACCCCAUCCUCUUUAUUUUACCUGCAUUUUUACAACAGCUGGGCUGUGUUAAGUCACACGAAGCUCUCCAAGGCUGAAUAUGUAGUAAUUAUGUAUUCCGAAUGAGCUGUUUUUAAUUUUUUUUUUCUCUCUUUAUGGUUUUGUUUUUCAAAAAAGUUCAAGAAAACGGAGAAAAAAAAAAAAGUUCAACUGAUGUAAAGUCCCUUUUUUUAAAAAUUACGUGUAAUGUUCCUGAAGUAAUGCUGAAGUCUUAGCUGUUCCUGUGUAGUGCAUGACGGGAUUUGGAAAAAGAAAAACACACCGACAAAAAAAAAAAAAAAAA